AUGGCUAAUAUUCGCGAAAACGUUCUUCAUCGUCAUGCUUCCGUAAACACUGUUUACCAUUGCCUCUACGGAUAUUUCUACUUAGGCAUCAAGAUGAAUACAUUGGCCAAAAUCUACGCCAAGCAUCAUUCAACAAUUUCGCAGUGGAUUCGUCUUUACGACGAAAACAAAUAUUUUGGACGAAAGGAAAGAGCAAAGGUCUACCUUCAAUUUGGUCCGAAGGAGAGAUCUUGGAUAGUGAACUUGUAUAAAGAUUGUCCCAUCUUGUACUUACUUGAAGCUAAGGAACGGUUUGAACGGACUUUCCAUAAGUCAAUAAGUUCCGCAUCCAUCAGUCGAAUCCUUCACUCAGAAGGUUAUACGUGGAAGGUGUUGGAAAGACGGGCAAUGCAACUACGCCAACAAGAUAUCUACCGGUUUCAAUCCGACAUGACCAUUAUAGCUUGGGACAUUCAUUGCCUGGUGUUCUUGGAUGAAAUAUCCUUUGACAAUCGUGGACUGCUCCGAAAUAAAGGAUACGCACCGGUAGGUUAUCGUCUUAUAUACCGUGGGGAGUUCGUUAGGAAGCCCAGAUGUUCUAUGCUGAGUUUCUUGGGGAGCAACGGUGUGCUUGAAACGUUCUCCACCGAGGGGACAUUUACCCGACACAAUUUUUUUGAUUGCGUGCGUUCGUUUGCAUUAAGUGGAACAGUUAAACGACAUCCUGGGCAAUAUAGUGUAUGGGUUAUGGAUGGAGCCCGUAUCCACUGCCACAAAGCAAUAAUAGAGUACCUACGAUCCUUAGGAAUUAUUGUGAUCUUUCUGCCAGCGUAUGCUCCAUUCUAUAAUCCUAUAGAGUACGUGUUUGGAUAUCUCAAAAAACACUUAAAGAAAACAUAUGUUGAGAUUAGCUCUAAAGAUUUGACUAUUACCAUAUUUGUCGAACCAAUGAUACCAUGUGAAGCUUUGAAACAUUUUAAAAAUUAUGAUUGCGAGAAAAUUUUUGCAAAAUGUGGGUAUCUUCACGGUGCCAUAUUUGACCCAAGCAUUGGUUUGGGCCAAGACAUGAAAACGUUUGGGUUUGAAAUUUAA